AAAGUAAUUCGAUUCUCUAUUUUGAUAUUUAUUUUUGAUCUAGCAUUCCGAUAAAUGUAAAGGGAUCUUUUCAUUUCACUUUGUUUAAGAAACGAUUUGUUUAGUACUUCAUUUCUAUGGCUUGCGUUUCGAAUUAUGAGAAGCUUUGUUGCGUUUUCUAUGAUUUGAAGGGAUCAACAACUAGGGAAGAGAAAUGGGGCUGACUUUCACCAAGCUUUUUAGCCGGCUUUUUGCCAAGAAGGAGAUGCGAAUUUUAAUGGUGGGUCUUGAUGCAGCCGGUAAAACUACCAUCUUGUACAAGCUGAAGCUUGGAGAGAUUGUCACCACUAUUCCCACCAUCGGAUUUAAUGUGGAGACUGUUGAAUAUAAGAACAUCAGUUUCACCGUGUGGGAUGUUGGUGGUCAGGACAAGAUUCGUCCAUUGUGGAGGCAUUACUUCCAGAAUACACAGGGUCUCAUCUUUGUUGUUGAUAGCAAUGACAGAGAUCGUGUUGUUGAGGCGAGGGAUGAAUUGCAUAGAAUGCUGAAUGAGGAUGAGCUGCGAGAUGCAGUGUUGCUUGUAUUUGCAAACAAGCAAGAUCUUCCAAAUGCAAUGAAUGCUGCUGAAAUAACUGAUAAGCUUGGCCUCCAUUCCCUUCGACAACGUCACUGGUACAUACAGAGCACCUGCGCAACCUCUGGUGAGGGGCUUUAUGAGGGUUUGGAUUGGCUUUCCAACAACAUAGCUAACAAGGCCUAAAGCCAUUAAGAGGAUUAUUGCAAUAUGGGGAAAUUCUGGAUGCAGGAGUGAACAUUGUUUCAAGUGUUUUUCCUUUUUAUAUAUAGCUGUAAUUAUCCUUUUUCUCAUCAUUUUUCAUCUGAGACAGUUGGCUUCUUGUUGUUAUGCGUUUUUCUUCUGAUGAUGAGCAUUGUAGUGUAGGAUCUUAUAGCUGCAUUGGAACUAGAAACUAUUGACUUCGUUUUUAAUAUGCUGCCUAUAGAGUUUUUAACUCCACCAGUGAGAAAUUAAGGAUGAGAUAUUUUCUAGGAAUAUAA